GGGUCUCCGAGCGCUUGGGAGCUGCUAGGAGCAUAGUUUCUUUAAUCGGGCUCCCUGGUCCCAAGCAGGGGACCCUCAACUUUCACCAUGGUGAAGGAGCAGUUCCGGGAGACGGACGUGGCAAAGAAAAUAAGCCACAUCUGUUUUGGCAUGAAGUCCCCUGAGGAAAUGCGCCAACAGGCACAUAUCCAGGUUGUGAGUAAGAAUUUGUAUAGCCAGGACAACAACCAUGCUCCUCUGCCGUAUGGGGUAUUGGACCAUAGGAUGGGUACAAGUGAGAAGGACCGUCCUUGUGAAACCUGUGGGAAAAACUUGGCUGACUGCCUGGGCCACUAUGGAUAUGUUGACCUGGAAUUGCCUUGUUUUCAUGUGGGAUACUUCAGAGCCGUCAUAGGCAUUUUACAGAUGAUCUGUAAAACUUGCUGCCACAUUAUGCUGGCCCUGGAAGAAAAAAAGCAGUUUCUGGAUUAUUUAAAGAGGCCUGGCCUGACCUACCUUCAGAAGCGAGGCCUGAAGAAGAAAAUUUCUGAGAAGUGUCGGAAAAAAAACAUUUGCCAUCACUGUGGUGCUUUCAAUGGUACUGUAAAGAAGUGUGGAUUACUGAAGAUUAUUCAUGAGAAAUACAAAACCAACAAAAAAGUGGUGGAUCCAAUUGUGUCAAAUUUCCUUCAGUCUUUUGAAACAGCCAUAGAACAUAAUAAAGAAGUGGAGUCCCUUCUGGGCAGGGCCCAGGAAAACCUGAAUCCCUUAGUAGUUCUGAAUUUAUUUAAACGAAUUCCCGCCGAAGAUGUCCCUCUACUUCUGAUGAACCCGGAGGCGGGAAAGCCCUCCGAUUUGAUUCUCACCCGACUUCUGGUGCCCCCUUUGUGUAUCAGACCCUCUGUUGUGAGCGACUUGAAAUCUGGCACCAAUGAAGAUGAUCUGACGAUGAAAUUGACAGAAAUAAUUUUCCUAAAUGAUGUCAUUAAAAAGCAUCGGAUAUCUGGAGCCAAGACUCAAAUGAUCAUGGAGGACUGGGACUUCCUGCAGCUGCAGUGUGCCCUCUAUAUUAACAGUGAGCUCUCGGGCAUUCCCCUCAACAUGGCGCCCAAGAAAUGGACCAGAGGCUUCGUGCAGCGCCUGAAGGGAAAGCAAGGUCGCUUUAGAGGCAAUCUAUCAGGAAAGAGAGUGGAUUUUUCUGGCCGAACAGUUAUCUCACCUGACCCAAACCUCCGAAUCGAUGAGGUAGCUGUGCCAGUUCACGUGGCCAAAAUUCUAACUUUUCCUGAAAAGGUGAACAAAGCAAACAUCAAUUUCUUAAGGAAGUUAGUUCGAAAUGGCCCUGAAGUUCACCCAGGAGCAAAUUUCAUUCAGCAGAGACAUAUGCAGAUGAAAAGGUUUUUGAAAUAUGGAAAUCGAGAAAAGAUGGCCCAGGAGCUCAAGUAUGGCGACAUCGUUGAGAGACACCUCAUUGAUGGGGAUGUGGUGCUAUUCAACCGGCAGCCCUCACUGCACAAAUUGAGCAUCAUGGCUCAUCUGGCCAGGGUCAAGCCCCACCGGACUUUCAGAUUUAAUGAGUGUGUCUGUACACCGUACAAUGCAGAUUUUGAUGGCGAUGAAAUGAAUCUUCAUCUUCCUCAGACAGAAGAAGCUAAAGCAGAGGCUCUUGUGCUUAUGGGGACUAAAGCAAAUCUUGUUACCCCAAGAAAUGGGGAGCCACUGAUUGCUGCCAUUCAGGAUUUUCUAACAGACGUUACUAUCCAGAAUAGUGAGUUGAUGAGUGGCAGCAUGGAUAAAGGAACAUUAGGAUCAGGAUCCAAGAACAAUAUUUUUUACAUUCUGCUUCGAGACUGGGGGCAGAAUGAAGCUGCUGAUGCAAUGUCCCGGCUUGCCAGGUUGGCUCCUGUCUACCUUUCCAACCGUGGGUUCUCCAUUGGAAUUGGUGAUGUCACACCCGGUCAAGGACUGUUAACGGCCAAAUAUGAUCUGUUGAAUGCUGGUUACAAAAAAUGUGAUGAGUACAUUGAGGCCUUAAAUACAGGCAAACUGCAGCAGCAGCCUGGCUGCACUGCGGAAGAGACUCUGGAGGCGUUGAUCCUUAAGGAGCUGUCUGUGAUCCGGGAUCACGCAGGCAGUGCCUGCCUUCGAGAGCUUGACAAGAGCAACAGCCCCCUCACCAUGGCGCUGUGUGGUUCCAAAGGUUCCUUUAUUAAUAUAUCACAGAUGAUCGCCUGUGUCGGACAGCAGGCCAUCAGUGGCUCUCGAGUGCCAGAUGGCUUUGAAAACAGGUCCCUGCCUCACUUUGAAAAACACUCCAAGUUUUUCUUUCAUACGAUGGCCGGCCGGGAAGGCCUGGUAGACACGGCUGUAAAGACAGCUGAAACAGGAUACAUGCAGAGGCGCCUUGUCAAAUCCCUCGAGGACCUCUGCUCACAGUAUGAUUUGACGGUCCGAAGCUCCACUGGAGAUAUUAUCCAGUUCAUUUAUGGGGGAGAUGGCUUAGACCCGGCCGCCAUGGAGGGAAAAGACGAGCCUCUCGAAUUUAAAAGGGUCCUGGACAACAUCAAAGCAGUCUACCCGUGCCAGAAUGAGCCUGCGCUCAGUAAAAACGAGCUGACCCUAACCAUGGACUCCAUCAUGAAGAAGACCGAGUUCCUCUGCUGCCAGGACAGCUUUCUGCAGGAAAUAAAAAAAUUCAUAAAGGGAGUUUCUGAGAGGAUCAAGAAAACCAGAGAUAAAUAUGGCAUCAAUGAUAACGGCACAACAGAGCCCCGGGUGUUGUACCAGUUGGACAGGAUCACUCCUACCCAGAUAGAAAAGUUUUUGGAGACCUGUAGGGACAAGUAUAUGAGAGCCCAGAUGGAGCCAGGUUCGGCAGUGGGUGCGCUCUGUGCCCAGAGCAUUGGGGAGCCAGGCACCCAGAUGACCUUGAAGACUUUCCAUUUUGCGGGCGUGGCCUCCAUGAACAUCACACUCGGUGUGCCCCGCAUCAAGGAGAUCAUCAAUGCCUCCAAGGCCAUCAGCACUCCGAUUAUCACAGCUCAGCUGGACAAAGAUGACGACGCUGAUUAUGCUCGCCUCGUGAAAGGGAGAAUUGAAAAAACCCUUUUGGGAGAGAUUUCCGAGUAUAUUGAAGAAGUGUUUCUUCCUGACGAUUGCUUUAUUCUGGUCAAGCUCUCCCUGGAACGGAUCAGACUGCUGAGGCUGGAAGUGAACGCUGAGACCGUGCGCUACUCCAUCUGCACCUCCAAGCUCCGUGUGAAGCCUGGUGAUGUGGCUGUGCACGGCGAGGCUGUGGUGUGCGUCACCCCCAGAGAGAACAGUAAGAGCUCCAUGUACUAUGUGCUGCAGUUCCUGAAGGAGGAUCUUCCCAAGGUGGUGGUGCAAGGCAUUCCAGAGGUGUCCAGAGCUGUCAUCCAUAUCGAUGAGCAGAGUGGGAAGGAGAAGUACAAGCUCCUAGUGGAAGGCGAUAACCUGCGGGCUGUUAUGGCCACUCAUGGGGUGAAGGGCACUCAGACCACCUCCAACAACACCUAUGAGGUGGAGAAAACUCUGGGCAUUGAGGCGGCCCGUACCACAAUCAUCAAUGAGAUCCAGUACACGAUGGUCAACCACGGCAUGAGCAUUGACAGGAGACAUGUGAUGCUGCUCUCUGAUCUGAUGACCUACAAGGGUGAAGUUCUGGGAAUCACACGGUUCGGCCUGGCAAAGAUGAAGGAGAGUGUGCUGAUGCUGGCAUCCUUUGAGAAGACGGCCGACCACCUCUUCGACGCUGCCUACUUUGGGCAGAAGGACUCUGUUUGUGGAGUGUCUGAAUGCAUCAUCAUGGGAAUCCCAAUGAACAUUGGAACCGGGCUCUUCAAAUUGCUUCACAUGGCUGACAGGGACCCAGACCCUCCCAAGAGGCCCUUGAUCUUCGACACAAACGAAUUCCACAUUCCUCUCGUCACAUAGAGACUAACUUCUUGGGCGCCUUGCCCUGUCUUGAAUGAAGCUUGAAACGAGCAGCUGACUCAAAGUUGUGUGCCCUUGGGAUCGAGUCACUGGUACCCCUGCCGGUGCCAGCAGUCAGAGGAGGCACCUGGAGUUUCCAGAGGCAGCUCCUCGUCUGAUGCAAGGACCUUGACCACCCCAUGCUGUUUGGGAGAACAGUGUGUAUGUCUUUAUGUUUACACCUAGUCGGCACCCCUCACCCACGCUGACUCCCUGGGCUUGAGAGGAGGCCCCAGCCAAGCAUCACUACAAAUCCCCACCUCAAUCCACUCCAUCUACUGCCACCCAGGUACCAUCACAGCUAACCCCAAGCUGCUCUUAGUGUGUUUGCUAGUAUCUCUGCCUCUCUUUUAAGCUGGAGUUCCCAGGCAGUAGACCCAUGUUAUUAUUUAUUUGCUCAGUUUGAGGGACUUGGUGUUUUUGUCAUUUUGGCUUUAUAUCUGAAACUAUAACACCAGCAUUGAAGUGUCACUGGAAAAACUGGUUAUACAAAAAGGACUGUCUGGUGUUGGUAACUGAGCCAAGCCUGUUGUGAAGCCCAGAAGGCUCUGAAACAUCCUGUUUAUGUGACAUGACUCCCCAUGGACUGGCUCUGUGUAUUCAUAGUCAUACCUAUUCUGCACAACAUGCAGAAACCUCAUUGGAGUGUGGGGCAUGUUAAGAGAGGGCCAGUUUCCUAGGAACCUCCUAGGUCAGGAAUGACACAAGUCCAGGUACCUGGCCCACCUGCUGCUAGAUCCACCUCCCCCCUGGUUCAGGUACAGAGUUGAUUUCCCCCUUACUGCCAAAGCGUACACAGGGCGAUGCAGAACCAGGACCCCAAAAUGUACCUGGGUGUAGGCAAGUGCCAGCACUAAGGGGCCACCCGGACAGGAAGGGUGGAACCUGGGGGAUCAGUGGGAGAAAGGAGUAGUGGUGCCCAGUGUAACAGCAGUUUCCUGGAAGAAUAAAUGUGUGAGAAGAAAGCACUCCUCGGGGACUGUGAAGAAGAAACUGCGAGGCAGUGCAGGAAGCCCUUUGCUUGCUCAGCUUCUGCAGAAUACCUGAGCUGCCAGUGAGAUUGUUUAGGCGGUUGUUGUCACUUGUCUUCUAAAGAGAAGGGUCUUGCUGCUGGAGAGAAUGUUCUGCGUUUUCUUCAGUGGGGUUGCCCUGGGGCCAGGGAGAAGAAAUGGUCAUAGAUCCCUUCCCCACAGAGCAGGUUCUGUGGGUCCAUCAGUCCAUCCCUCCUCUGUCAGCCUUUUCCUGCCCAGAGCUAAGCAGCAUUGUUCUGGUGUUUCCCUGCUGGGUUCUAGGAAUACUCAGAUGGCUUAAUUGGGAGUGACAUAAUCAUUAAAAUUGCAGAUUUAACCUGGCUUUCUUGUUCCUGCCCCUAAGAAGGUCUCCUGAAAGGACACAGCCAACUUACCUAACUUUGUCACCCACUAGAAGAAACAUUGCCUAAAGCCAGAGUUCAUUUGUGAGCAAGAGGGUUUGGAUGAUUAAAGAGAUGGCAUGGAUGAUUCAAGGAAAGGAAAAGCAGGGGAGGCCCCCAGUCUUUCAUCCCUUUAGGUUUCCAUUUGUGUGCUCUACCUAUCAUUGCUAGGGUACGCAGUAUAACCACUGGCUCUUGGGUCUGCCUUAGAAUGAUUGCUUUCUCUUCCAUACUGACAGCAUUCUGAAUUCUGGACAUGACCUAUUUUUGACCAGUGCUUUAGAUUAGAAAUCCUAUUAAAAAUGGUCUCCCUGGGCCCAUGGUCAGGGCAUCAGUGCCAUGAAGAGCCAUUUGUCUUAGUAUUCAACACUGCCACGCGCCCCUCAUGUCUUUGAACUGGGUAAACCUGGUUUCAGUGGAAAGACUGAAUCCUCUUAGUAGUGUUUGCUCACUUGAGACUUCGCCUGCCGGACUCCACGUAACUGACUUUAAGAAAACGUGCCUGGGAAGUGAGAACAGGGAUUGGAAGGGGCACCAGCACCCACUCGGUGCGACGCGUGCUUGGAAUGGAGACCCUGGCAGCCGUGUGUUGCUGUGAAGGUGGAAGACAGUGGGAGCCACAGACCCAUGGGUGUGUGGAGUGAAUGUGGCAGUUGGCACCUGUGAUGGAGAUGAGUGAUGGGUUACAUUUGGGUUUCACGGUCUGUGGUCAUGUCACUAGUGAAGUACCCUGUCCUAUGAGCUGUGGUCCUUUGUGUUGCACUGCCAGCCCUGCCAGGACCCAGACAUGGGCACCUGGGGCUGGUCAGCCUUGCUCUGUUCCCCGAGCUUUGUACCAUGAAUGAGUAUUGUGUCUUCUUCCUAAUCCAGUCAUCUGUCCUGGCCCCAGCAUUUAGUUUUAUAUGGGUACAAAACUCAAACCACAUAGCCACAUAGGAAUAUGUUCUCGAGAAUCUGUGCCAGCAAAGGCUGCUUUCUGGGCCUAUUUGGAAGAAAUGAAAAUACAUUUAAAAACUGACUCUCAUCCAUGACCAGAUCCCGAUUUCUGGCUUGUGAUCUGUCUGGUCCUUUGGCCCAUUUGUAUCUCUUAUAUAAAGGGAUUAAAAUAGCUGUUUGACUCAGUUACAACCCCCUGUGUUGCUUAGUACUUGGGGACUGGGAGAGAGAAACCCUGAAGCCUCGGUGUGUGCCACAUUUAAAUUAUGGUGCCAGGUUUCCAUUUCAGGGCUUAUCUAUUGAGUACUCACAUGGAUUCAGGUCUGACUGAACUUGGCACUAUAUACCGGUAAUUAUUUUUCUUGCAAUUUCCCAGCAGAUCUCUUAUUUUUCUACUAAAAUUCCAAAGAGGGAAAACUAGUUAUACAGAAAACUCUAGCAAAGUAGCCCUUAGAGGUUACAUCCAGACAAGGUGAUUGGAAUGUGCGUAGGUGCUUCCCAUGCUGCAAGCCCCUACCUCUGGGUACUGAAAGUCACCCGCACGGAUCACUUAGAAAUCAAAAGAAGACUAUAAAAAAUAAAAAUUAAAAAAAAAGACUAUUACUCCCCUAGUCCCAGCGAUGGAACUAAGUCAAACCCAGUUGGAAGCAAUCAAAUAUCUCCUACACUCCUGCAUGGGAAUUACCUCCAGGUUAGGAUUGGGUGCCUGGCCUAAUAAUUCUUUCAUCAUACAACAAAUACAAAAACAAAAAAAAUCAACAGGUAGUCAGAUACUCUGAUAUUAAAGCACUAAAAGAAUUAUUUGGCAAAAGGAGUGGAGCAGGAAUCCAGGAUUACACUUGACACAGAUGUGUCUGUCAGUUUGAUGUUUGCGGAACUUGCCCUUGUGGGUAGACGUGACACAUCAAGCCUCCACCUGAUUGCCCUGAGCAUGCACAGCCUUCUGGUUCCAAUCCAUCCCUGUAGGGCCUUUAGGACCUUUGGCUUCCUCCAGAGCUGGCCUUUGUUCCUCGAAUGUUCUCUAAACAGAGGGCGUAGGCCUACAGGCACAAAAGGAUAGCAGCAUUCUCUCCCCACCUUCAACAUCCAGAGAAGUGUUUCAAUCCAUGAAUACUUGAAAGUUGCAUUGUGCCAGGUCCUGGAAGGAGCGACGGAGGGCGCAACCCUCCAAGGUUGUGGUUACCUUGUGUUAGAAGAGCUGGUUCUCUGCUCAGACUGGGAGUCAAGACCCCCCGGCCCCCCUGUUCACUCCAGUAACCUCAGACAUAGGAUUCUCCUUCUUGCCUCACUUUACUCGUUCCUAAAAUGUCAAUAUUUAUAGUACCUAAUUCAGGGUCAUUGAGAGGUUUAAAUGUAUACAUAUAAAGGUCUUAGUCUGACACAUAGUAUACAUUCAUUAUUGGUUUUUACUGAAAAGCAUUACAUAUUUCUAGCUAAAAACGUAUCCCCUGACCCAUUUUAAUUCUCCCAGAUGGAGCUGAUGUCAGGCUUCAGAAGACAUAACCCCUGCCCCUACUCUGCUUAGUCAUCGGCUCAUGGCAAGUGUUUUAAACUGGGGAAAGGGCAGGCUUUGAACAGUUGUGUUGUUGGGGCCAUCAGCGUCUUUAUAUGGUUAAUGUGGGCUUGUUUAGACUUGGUGGUGAGAUUGGGAUGACAGAAGUAGACAGAUUGUUUUUAAUAGUGAUGUGAAUAUUUAUAUAUGUAUUUAGGUAAGUAGGUUUAUUAUAUUCCGUGAGGUAUAGUUUUAACUUUUUUCUCAUUUUAACAGAAAUUCCCAUUUAAAAGUCAUUAGUAAAGAUUAUGGUCACUGGGCUGCCUCUAGGGAUAAGAACUAGGUGGUGGAAGGAGAGAGGAGAGGCAGGAGGGUGACUUCUUUUUCAUACUGUGAUCUGUGGGGUCUGUCAGAUUUGGCACUUAGCAUUUAAGUUAGAUCACAUAUCCUUAGCAGGCUGCACAUUGGAAAAUGGCUCUGUCAGAGCUCCCCUACUGUGUCCGGGGGCCAGUACCAAGUACCAGGUGAAGAACAGUGAGCAAAAUUGCCCUACUCCCUUUCCUUGUGGAAUUAGUCGAGGUAGCACCAUCCAAUGCAAACAUACAAAUCACACGGGUAAUCUUCCAACAUAUGAUCGCUAUGAAAAGUAUGAAUGAAAUGUUUUGUGCCCUUUUUAGUACCAACUGUUAAAAAUUGUGUCUGUGUGAGUGUGUGUGUGUGAACAGUUUCAAGUGCUAACUAGGCACAUAUAGCUAAAAUAAGUCGGGCAGGUUUGGGGAACUUGCCCUUAUGGGCAGACUUGACACAUGAAAUCUCAGUUUUGCCGUGAUUGCCAAAGGGCAGUGUGUUCCAUGGGGCUUUCAAAGGCUGGGGUUCUCCCAGAUGCAGAUUGCCAGGCCUUUCUUCCACAGAUCCGCAGAGUGGGCCCAAACAUCUACCCUUUGGGCUAGAACUUCUCAAGCUAACCCUGUGUACCGCCCAGGGACUGCCACGUGUUGCCAGUGGCUACGAUGUUCAUGUCUGUGGAAGAGGAAGUAAACAAAUGUGUUACCAUGAACUCUGGGGAGCCACGGAGGAAGUGGCAACAAUGAUAAGGAAGAACGGGGAGACGGGCAAAGACCCUCUGCAAAGGGCUCUCUGCUGGGUCCUCUCUCUACCUUCCCUGGCAGUAAUCCCGAGUGUGGCUCAGGGUAAGUGUUAGCUGUGUAUUAAAGUUUAUCAUACCUGAAAUGUCUACUAGAGAGAGUAAAGUGAGUAAUUUCUUCAGAAUGACAGGCCUACAAUAUAAAACAAAUUUUAUGCAAACAAGUGUACCGCUUUGCGUACAAAAUUACUGACAUAAGUAGACCGCCAGGGAGGCUAGAAAGGCAAAACCAGUGAAACAGAGAUUUUCACCAAGAAAACGACUCACCUGGCAGGGGAGACACCGUGAUCACGAAGGUGGUUUCCCAGGCCGAGGCUUGUCCACUGCACUCCUGAUGUGCUGACCCCUGCGAUUUCCCCAAAUGUGGGGAGCUCGACUGCAUAAUUUGUGGUAGUGGGGGACUGCGUUGGCGCUCUGCUCCUACUUUAAAAAGAGAAAAGAAAAUGACUCACGCAGAUGUAGCAGCAUGCCUGGUGCCACAUGGGUCCAUGUCAGGCUGGAGCUUUCGCCUGACUUGAGUAGCUGAGGGCUGGUGAGCCCAGAUCAGCAGGAGGAGCAUAGGCUGGUGGCUGCCGAGGCAGAGGAAUCCGAGUCAGCAGGUGGCUGACAACUCUCAGGGUUGAUGGGCCAUAGAGCUGCUGGCCAUUGGCUCAAGUUCCAGAACAGGCAAGCAACCUUUUCCAAAUUGUCCGCUUAUAUUGGCAGCAGGUCACACCCCCAACAAAACUUCUUUUCAAAUGAUCGUGCAUAGUAGAUCUCAUUAUGGAGGUGAUUACAUUGUGUAAUAUUAACAGCCAAAUAGGAGCCCUGGUGGGAUAGUGGUAAUGCACUGGGUUAACAGUUCGAAAUGGCUAUCAGCUUUGUGGGAGAAAGAUGGGAUUUUCUAUUCCCAUAAAGAGUCUGUCGCUGAAACUCACAAAAGCAGUUCUGUCCUGUUCUAUGGGGAUUCUGUGGUCCAGCACCAGCUUGAUGACAUGGAUGCUCUGCAGGUAGUGGACUAGUGCGGGAGCUCCCUGAGGAGUGAAGAGCCUAGGAUUUCUUAGGGUGAGAGGGUGGUCGGCAGGAAACAAUCCAACCUUACUCAUUUCUUCGAACAAAUGUCUCAAGCCAUGUUAAGAACCCAAAGAGUGCCACCACUUUCCCCCUUUAAAUCCAUGUUCGGCCAUUUGGCUACUCCCCAUCCAAAUGACUUUCCAGGAAGCACCUCUUGAGCUAUAAAUUGUCCAGAAACUUUUCUGUUGCUUUUUAACUUCUC